AUGAAGCCGUUGUCGUUGCUCUGGCUCACCUCGGGAGUAUGGGUUUCCACCCUUGUUUGCUGGACAGCGAGGUGCGAGGCCCAGGACGCCGGCGGAAGCAAGAGCGAGAAUGAAUCGGGCCUGACCAUGUUCACCCUGAUGACCAGUCUCCUGAGCGAGGCGAUUGGGAACCCGUCGUCGCCCGCGGCGCGGCGUGUGCUUCGGGCGGAGGUGUCCUCCUCCUGCAGCCUGGGACUCCUCCGAUUCGUGCGGGCUCUAAAAACGUCCGAACCCUGGGUUCUAAGAUUUCUUGACGCAUCAGCGAAGUUUCCAAACGGGCUGCUGCAGGGUACAAUGGCUGAUCUAGGCGCCUUUGACGAGUGUAUCGAAACUGUCAUCUAUGACCAGUUUGGCAGGGAAGACAUUCGCGGCCAGUACUGCAACGUGGAUAUUCGGAUUGUCAAUGACACGUCCAUCGAGGAUUUCCUCCGUCCUGCAGCUACGCUCUCGCAUAGGCGGUUCCCAAUUGGAGGUCGCUACGUAAAUCAGAAGCCAUGGGGAACCCGUUUUGGAAUAUGCAUGAUGACGGAGUGCUCCGCGAAAGACAUGCAAGUUAUCGCAGAUGCUGUGACGAACAACGGAAUUGUAAAGAUCAAAAUACAAAGUUGUGUGACGAACCAGCACCCUCCCAUGGACACCAUGCAAACCGUCAUUCUGUAA